ACACGAUCUGCACCCGCCCACAGUCCGGGAAAUGUUGAAGCCGGUAAUAACACUAAAGAGUAACCUUCUUUUUCUUUGUUCAGUGAGAGCGCGGGAAAAAGCAGAAGACAAGAAGCGGUACAUAACUAUUUCCUUACGGUUAAACCUUAACUCCUACCCUAACCAACUAUAAUAACCCUACCUGAACCAUUUUCAACUUGAGGUGCUAGUUUGAUUUCACCUGACCACCUGGCCAGCACCCAUAGACCCUCCCAUGACAACAAGCCAUACCUCUCUGGCUAAUAGGAAGUAGAUUCUGCCAGCCAAUGAAGCAGGGCUGUGUUCAGUUCAUUAAACGUUUUACUACGUGCCUGAACGACACGCUUCUCCCCAACUGUUCUUUGAGGGGUCUUUGCUUCUGUUUGGUGGUUGUGGCGGUGUGUUGCCCGGCCGUUGAGAACAGCACAGUUUCUGCUGCGGCGUGCAAUCAAAAGUUGCACGCCGUUGUGUCCUGCUGAACACAGCCUUAACUUGAGUCUCCAGGAGGAAAGCAACUUAGGCCAACAACAGCCAACCACCCCAGAGAGGAAUGGCGAAGGAGUUUCUGCUGGAGAAUAAGCCGCUCCUAACAGAGAUUCUGUCAGCGGAACCCGACAAUAUUCUCCAGUACGCCCAUUCAAAGAAACUAGUGGAGCAGCGUGGAUACAACAUCCUCUCCCACCUGCAAUCCAGUCAGCCUCCAGAGACUACAGUCAUCAAGCUACUGGACAUGCUGAGAGAGAGAGGAGAGCAGUACUGCCAUGGUUUUGUGGCCCUCCUGCAUAAGCAAGAGAUCAUCGCAAACUUCCCCAGACUCAAAGAGCUGGACUGGACCACCUUCAAAGACUCUAGUGCCCCAGACCCACCCCCAGUCCCACCAAGCAUCAGAGCAGGCUCCAUAAUGGGGAAUUUGCAGGAAGUAAUCAAGGCCUGCGGUUACAUCCACAAUGUCUCAGCAGUGAAGAGAGGGAAGAAGACAGGAUAUUUCAAUGCCGUUUUACAGCAAGAAGAUGAGAGCAGGAAUCUGAUCGUUUUUCAGCUGCAGCUGCGAGACCGCUUUGCCACAGCAGAGAGUCGCAGAACUCCAGUAAAGUUGGUGAAAGUGGUGCUCCAGCCAUCCAUAAGGAGAAACAACAAGAUGCAGAUAAUGUUUACAUACACAUCCACUUUUUCCAUCCUCGAAGAUUUACCCUUCAAAUUCAACAGCGACCUUGACGGGAGGGUCAAGGAUGUGGCUCUAGCUGACCUUCAAGAGGACAAAGAAAACACAGACAAUGCUGUAAAACAGAAGGUGAACGUUACAGUGGAGGUGAUUCAGAAACUGAAAGAGGGCCAUUGUAAAACGAGAUUUAACAAAAGCAUGCCCAUGGUGGAAUACCUAGUCGGUCAUAUUGUAGAUGAUUCAACAACACUCACAAACCUGACCGUGUGGGGUCGUGAAAACACGGUCGAAGAGGGGAAAUGGUACCGGGUCACCAAUGUUUCUGUUGCCAAGUAUGGGGGUAAAACCGUGCUGAACACAACACCAGAAUCUACUCUGGUCAACGUGGCCAGUGGUAGGAAAUGCGAUCUCCCACACAACAUGGUACAGCCUGAGAAGUUUGAGGGGAAAAUCAUUGGAUACUGGUUGUCCCAAGAGUACACUUGCCCAGAAGCGCACCACCUGGAGAGGGUGGACACCACUGAAAAGAUGGUGACUUGUAAGCAUUGCCCUAUGUCGUACAUACUAUCCCUGAUGGGAAGGAUAACUAGAGGGAAGCUCUCCAUACAAUCUGAUGAUCUGGUCAGCCGGGUGUUCACUGUAGAGGACCAUGUCAUCAGAAAUGUUCUGCGAGGAAGGUGGGAGGGGAGAGAGUCUCUGAAGGACAUUGAGGACGCGCUGGUCCAACUGCCACCAGUGACAGUUACUGUUCUCAAUGGUCAUGUGUCAACUGUUACAACUCAGAGUCAGGAUGUCACCACACAGGAUGAGAAGAGGAAUAUUACUGCGCAACAGCGCGUUUAGUCUGGACUGAUGGUUUUAUUUUGAUGUAAACUUUAUCUAACUAGGCAAGUCAGUUAAGAACAAAUUCUUAUUUACAAUGAUGGCCUACCAGAAGGCAAAAGGCCUCCUGGGGGACAGGGGAUUAAAAUAAAGACAUAGGGGCGUGGUUCCUUUAGUCAUUUUGAUAUCACCUGGGCCACUGCUUCAAUAUGUCUUAGAUGAAAAACGGCAAGCUGAAAAUGUAAAUAGAUUGAUAAUAAAAAAUAA